CGAUAUUCUCAUCUCUCUUUUCACCUUCACGCCAGUCUCCUCCAUCAAACGCCUCUCUCUCUCUCUCGUCUCUCUUCUUCUCUUCUCUCCUCCCUCUCUCUCUCUCUCCGGUCUUUUUUCAAUGGCGACUCUGCAGGACAUAGGAGUCUCAGCUCUGAUCAACCUCUUCGGUGCCUUCAUGUUUCUAAUCGCAUUCGCUGUCCUCAGAAUCCAACCAAUCAACGACAGAGUCUACUUCCCUAAAUGGUAUCUCUCUGGAGACAGAAACAGUCCCCGGCGCUCCGACGGAAACCUUGUCGGAAAAUUCGUCAACCUCAAUUACAAGACUUACUUCACUUUCCUCAAUUGGAUGCCUCAAGCCAUGAAAAUGAGUGAAGCCGAGAUUAUUCGUCACGCUGGUCUCGAUUCUGCUAUUUUCCUCAGGAUUUACACUCUCGGCUUGAAGAUAUUUGUACCAGCCAUGAUAUUAGCGCUCGUUGUUCUUGUUCCAGUGAAUGUAUCAAGCGGAACACUUUUCUUCUUGAAGAAAGAGCUCGUGGUCAGCGACAUCGAUAAGCUCUCUAUAUCAAAUGUUCAGCCUAAAUCAUCAAAGUUCUUCUUCCACAUUGGAGUAGAGUACCUUUUCACGCUAUGGGCAUGUUUCAUGCUCUACAGAGAAUACAAUAAUGUCGCAAUAAUGCGUUUGCAGUAUUUAGCUUCGCAGCGUAGGCGUCCAGAGCAGUUCACUGUUGUUGUCAGAAACGUCCCUGACAUUCCCGGACAUUCAGUUCCUGAUACCGUGGAUCAGUUCUUUAAGACGAACCACCCUGAGCAUUACCUCUGUCAUCAGGCAGUUUAUAACGCAAACAAGUAUGCAAAGCUGGUGAAGCAAAGAGAGAGGCUGCAAAAUUGGUUUGACUAUUAUGUGUUAAAGCAUCAACGGAAUCCGCAUAAGAAGCCUACUUGCAGAACAGGGUUUCUUGGUCUAUGGGGUAAUAAAGUUGAUUCCAUUGAAUACUACCAACAACAAAUCAGGGACUUUGACCACACUAUGUCUUUGGAGCGCCAAAAAGUUCUCAAGGACUCAAAACUGAUGCUUCCUGUUGCGUUUGUGUCGUUUGACUCGCGAUGGGGCGCUUCUGUUUGUGCACAGACGCAGCAGAGCAAGAAUCCGACAUUAUGGUUAACGAGUAGCGCUCCAGAGCCUCGUGACAUCUAUUGGCAAAACCUUGCUAUACCUUUUAUCUCUUUGACCAUCAGGAAACUCGUAAUCGGUGUCUCAGUCUUUGCCUUGGUCUUCUUCUACAUGAUUCCAAUCGCUUUCGUGCAAUCUCUUGCCAACUUAGAAGGUCUCGACAGAGUUGCACCUUUCCUCAGACCUAUCACUAGAUUGGAUUUCAUUAAGUCCUUUUUACAAGGUUUUCUUCCUGGUCUUGCCCUGAAGAUUUUCUUGUGGAUUCUCCCGACGGUUUUGCUGAUUAUGUCCAAGAUUGAGGGUUACAUCGCUUUAUCUACUCUUGAGCGUAGAGCAGCAGCAAAAUACUAUUAUUUUAUGUUAGUAAAUGUGUUCUUGGGAAGUAUCAUUGCCGGAACUGCGUUUGAGCAGCUGGACUCUUUCCUUCACCAAUCACCAUCUCAGAUUCCUCGAACCAUUGGGGUCUCCAUACCGAUGAAAGCUACCUUCUUUAUCACAUACAUAAUGGUUGACGGGUGGGCUGGUAUUGCCGGUGAGAUUCUCCGGUUAAAGCCCCUAGUGAUUUUCCACUUGAAGAACACGUUUCUUGUCAAGACCGAACGAGAUAGAGAGAGAGCAAUGGACCCUGGUUUUGUCGAUUUCAAGGAGACUAUUCCAUCUCUCCAGCUCUACUUCCUCUUGGGAAUUGUCUAUGCCGUUGUUACUCCCAUUCUUCUUCCCUUCAUUUGUAUAUUCUUCGCCUUUGCUUACUUGGUCUAUCGCCAUCAGAUAAUCAAUGUUUACAACCAACAAUACGAGAGUUGUGGAGCGUUUUGGCCGCACGUUCAUGGCCGCAUUAUCGCCAGCUUGUUGAUAUCUCAGCUUCUGCUUAUGGGACUUUUGACUUCUAAAAAGGCAGCUGACUCAACGCCAUUGCUUAUCAUCUUACCAAUUCUCACACUUGCUUUCCACAAAUACUGCAAACACCGCUUCGAACCCGCCUUUCGACAAUACCCUCUCGAGGAAGCAAUGGCGAAAGACAAGCUGGAGAAGGAGACAGAACCGGAGUUGAACAUGAAAGCUGAUCUUGCAGAUGCUUACUUGCACCCGAUCUUCCUCUCGUUCGAUCAAGAAUUAGACGAAGAAGAAGAGAAAGAGAGACACCGAGAAAAGGAGAUACCGGAGGUAAGAGUAGACAAACACGAAACACGGUCGUCUAGUCCUGUGACCGAGCUCGGUACUCCUUCCUAUCACAAUCAAGUGUACAAUUCCUCUUCCCCUUCUUCGCACUACGCCUCAGCUUACGAGCAGUCAUCGUACCACUACGAAGCUCAUCGGUAUGAGGAGCAUGAGUACCGUUACAACUAAAUCUGUAGACAAUGUUGACUCAAGGUCUCUAAUGAAGUUAAUUAAAUGUCUUAGUCUCUUUGGACUAGAUUUAGGUUAUUUGUUGUUGACUCUGAUUUUGGUCUUUUAAGGCUAAGAGAUUGGUGUUUAGUGUUCUCCACUUCUAUGGAUAUAUCCAAAUUUUCAUUUUUUCUUGUAAUUGUAACGUUUGGUUUACAGUGAGUAUUGAUUCAAUGAUUUUA